UUAUUUUUUAACAACCCGAACGAAAGUCUUAGGGAUGUCUGAGAACUAUGAAGACUGUGGCAUAAAAACUUUAUUACAAAGUUGAAUGAAACAAAAGCUUCCCAACGCCCAGAGAAAAACAACACAUAGACUCUCUCUCUCUCUCUCUCUCUCUCUCUCUCUCUCUCUCUCUCUCUCUAUCUCUCUCUCAUAUGCUAAUGAUGGUCUAGUCCCUUUAUUUUAGACUUUCACAGUUUGCUUACAGGGAUACAGAGAUUGUUAUGGCAACAUGUUGAAUCUGCAGCAAAGCAAUCAUCAGAUCAAAAUCUUGGAAAAGAGAAGGUUGAUCAUCUGUGAAGUGCAAGUUUCAGAGAAAAAAUCCUGAGGCCAAAUUGACAAAAAGGAGUAAACCUAGCCAUGUCCGAAGCAUCCAUCCAACAAGAUGAUAAAAAUAGUGACGGAAUGAAGGAAAUAGUAGAAAACACAUCAUCAUCGGCAUCUUCUCAAAAGUUUUCGUCUUUCGAUUUGAACGAAGAAGCCAACAGCGAAGACGAUGAUCGCAGUGCUGAUGAGACAACCGAUCUUCGUGCUGACGAUAACACGAAAGCCAGCUCAACAAAUAACAGCUCCUCCGGCGAAGGAAAUGAGAGGAAAUCUGCAGUUAGGCCUUAUGUACGAUCGAAAAUGCCUCGGCUCCGGUGGACUCCUGAUCUUCAUCUCUCCUUUGUGCACGCUGUUGAAAGGCUUGGUGGACAAGAGAAAGCGACGCCCAAAUUAGUUCUUCAGUUGAUGAAUGUGAGAGGACUUAGCAUUGCUCAUGUGAAGAGUCACUUGCAGAUGUAUCGAAGUAAGAAGCUUGAUGAUUCUGGACAAGUGUUAAGUCAAAGAAACAGAUCGAUGCAUGGGAGAUGCCAAAUUCCUGGAGCUGUGUACCAAAGAACUAGUGUUUUUCAACAUUUCAGACUGGAGAAUGGUGGAAUUGUUCUCGGACAGGAUCCCCCCUCCCAAAAUCCAUUAGAUUUCAGAACUUCUCACUCAUCAAGAUACCCACAACAAGUUUCUAGUUGGGCUACAUCUCCGCUAAGCAAAUAUUCUGGACACCACCAAGACAAGUUUGCAGCCUCGACCCAAAUCUUGGCCAUGGAUUCAAGCAUGAGAACUGGCCCCUUAAAAGCUAGCCAAUUCCUCGAAGAAAAGAAGUGGCCUCCGCACGCAUUUGUAGACAAUCAUCCCUGGAAUAAUACAAGGAUUAAUCCAAGCAACAUUAAUUCUCGUGCGAGCACUUUUGAAGCAUUACAGCCAUCGAUGUGGAACUGGAGAACUAGCGCCAGGAGUUGGCAGCUUCAAUUAAAUUCACAGGACCCUAAAAGCGCAUCAAAUGCCUUUCACGAGCUCCAUCGGUUUGAUUCUCCAUUUUGGCUUCAGAAUCAUCAGGAGAAAAGAUUUAGGAACAAGGAAUGGUUGCCUGAUUUGCAACUAAGAUUGAGCCAAAGUGUGGGAAACAAUGAGGAGAAGAGCUGUGGGAAGAACAUGCCAGAGAUUAACACUGUGCUCUCUCUUUCUUUGUCGACCCCUUAUUCAUCGAGGCAAACAAGAUCAGCGCAUGGUAUUAAUUAGAACCCACAAAAUAAUGAUGAAACUCCAUGAUCAUCCUCACAAACUUAAUUAUAGUUUGAGCACUAGCUAUAUAUAUAUAUAUAUAUUCAGUUCAGCGAGCGACGAGAUAUUAGGUAGAGCGAGCUAGCUAGCUAGGAUGAGUACUUAAAGAUCUCACCAUGUUACAGUGCAUAGGAGGAGUGAGAUCUUCACAGUACUUGUCUUAUUAAUGAUCACCGUGGUACCUACCUUUGUAUAACAUAAAACAAACAUAAUCGGAAGUAUUAAUGUACCAGUUGAGCAGGUCAUGCGUGUGUAU